AUGGCGUUGCUGGGGGUUCCAAGACUCGUCCGACCUGGCAUCCGUCUUGCCAACAGUACCGUUCUCUCCGUCACCCCUCACACUCACAUCUCGAGGAUAGCAGUGCGCGCAGCGUCCACGUCGAAACAUCCCACCGGGUUCACGCCUCCUACUACAGAAGAUCUGCACGAACUUCGCGAGAGAGUACAAGAAUUCACACGAAGAGAGAUUCCCGAAGAGGUUGCCGCAAAGACCGACCAGUCGAAUGCGUUCCCCAAUGAGAUGUGGAAGAAGCUGGGCGAGGCCGGUUUCCUCGGUCCCACUGCCGAUGAAGAAUACGGAGGAUUAGGCAUGGGAUAUCAAGCACACUGUAUUAUCAACGAGGAACUCAGCCGGGCCUCUGGUUCCAUUGGGCUGUCCUAUGCUGCCCACUCCCAGCUCUGUGUGAACCAGUUGAGCCUGAAUGGCAAUAAAGACCAGAAAGAACGAUUUCUUCCCGGCCUGAUCUCCGGAGACAAGAUCGGCGCCCUGGCCAUGUCGGAACACUCUGCAGGAAGUGAUGUCGUGAGCAUGAAAACCACCGCGAAGGCUGUGGAUGGAGGUUAUCGACUGAACGGCACGAAGAUGUGGAUCACCAACGGACCUGAUGCCGACUUUAUCGUGGUAUAUGCAAAGACGGAGCCCGACAAGCAUAGCAAGGGUAUUACUGCCUUUAUCGUCGAAAGGACCUUCGAAGGCUUCUCCGUGGCCAGGAAACUUGACAAGUUCGGCAUGCGAGGGUCCAACACCGGCGAGCUUGUCUUCGACAACGUCUUCGUCCCGAAGGAGAAUGUCCUGGGCGAGGUCAAUAGGGGCGUCAAAGUCCUCAUGGAAGGCCUCGAUCUGGAGCGGCUGGUCCUCAGUGCCGGUCCGCUUGGGAUUAUGCAAGCUUGUCUCGACCUUGUCUUGCCAUAUACCCACCAGCGGAAGCAGUUCGGUCUGCCAAUUGCCCAUAACCAGUUGAUCCAGGGCAAAUUGGCCGACAUGUACACGAAGCUCCAAGCCGCGAGGGCGUACACCUACACGACAGCCAAGCAGGUUGAUGAGGAAGGUCAAAUUCGGACACAAGAUUGUGCUGGAGCAAUCCUAUACGCCGCCGAGAGAGCCACCGAAUGCGGACUUGAUGCCAUUCAGCUGAUGGGCGGCAACGGCUACGUUAAUGAAAUUCCCGCGGGGAGACUAUUGAGAGAUGCCAAACUAUACGAAAUCGGUGCUGGGACAAGCGAGAUCAGGAGGAUGGUCAUUGGGAGGGCGUUCAACAAAGAAUACGCCGACCAGGGCAUUUAA